CUAAUCCCAAUUCUAUUUCUAUGGAGUCCGCAAAUUAUCCGUGCUGUCGUAAAAGUGUCGUAAAGUUCUUACGGCAGAUGUGUUUCCAUAACAGUCAACGUGCUGUCCUUGCGAGAAUGAACACAAAGUAGCAACUUGGCCGGGUGAGCAAAAGAAGAGAUGGCUUCACGUUUUCUCAGAUUAUCUGUCUUUAUUCAGAAGUAUCGGACACCACUGCUUCUUGUUGGUUGUGGCGGGGUCUUCUCUGCCAACAUUUUUUAUCAUGUUUUCCCAGAUCAUACAUACAGAAAAGUGUACCAGGCCUGGCACAAAGGAGAACCAGCCAGCCUGUCGGAGAAGCUUGAGAACGUCUUUCAGGAGGUGCUGAAAGAUUCUGCUGUCAGCUCCCCUAAAAACUUCAGUGCAUUUGCCUCUUUCGGCUUUCAUCCGGUAGGAGCAGGUGUUCCAUGGCUUCCCUCUGGAGCGCAGAUCGGCAUCCCAGCCAACUUCAACAGCACCACUGAUGAUCCAUCAGGCAUCACAAACCGCACUAUUCUCAUCAAUGGUAAAGAGCUGGAAUGGGACAGCGACUCAGGCAUUGCUCUCAAAAACUCCCUGGUGUUCUCUCCAGAGGCGCAGAAGUUUGCUAUAGCCAGAGAAGUUGCCCGACUCAGGGCUGGGGGUCCUGUGUUGCACGCUUCAGUGGCUCCAGCAUGUCUGGCCGGAGCUUGCAUAUACAGCGUAGCCCUCAAGCAGAUCUUUGGGCUCCAGGCUGGGUCCAUCAUCUUCAGGGCUGGUGUUAAUGUAGUUGCACUGGGUUUAGGAGUCGUGUCGUAUAUCCUGGCUUCUGAUGCUCUGAGCGAGUGGUUGGACUACAGCUCGGAUCAUCGUGCAGCAUGUCUGUCUAGCGAUUAUGCAAAGGGUGGUUUAGAGUUCUAUGAGAAAAUCUUGACACGGAACAAGACCCUGCGCUCUCUGAUGGGCCCUAAAGGGGAAAAGAUGUACGCCCCCAGUGGAAACUUGUUUCCUGGGCACCUGUUGCAACUCAGACAUGCAACAUACACAUCUAGACGGGAUGGGAUUUUAAAUCUUUUGAAAAAUGAGAAAGUAUGAACUGCCUAAAAUUUAAAAGCAUAAAUGUAAAUGAUUAGCUCUUGGAAUUUGUUUGUAUGAGGUUGUAUAUACAAUGCGUUUGAAAUGGUACAGCACACCACUGGAUACCAGUGUCUUCUCUUUCUCACGAAUAAACAAUUUACAACUUA